AUGCAAGCAAAAGCUAUUAUCAAUAUAAGCAAAAAAAUUAUAAUAAUUAAACAAAAUAAUGAUACUGAUGUAAUUCCAAUCACGUGCUUUUCCAAAAUUGAUCCAAAAGUAUUUACUCCUAUAGAUUUUGUUAAGAAAGAAUAUAAUAAAUUAGAACUUGAAGAGAUAUAUAAGAAUCCUCAACACUAUUUGAAUGUAUUCUUUAAUAACAAUAUGACUACCAUUAAUAGUCAACAGUACCUAACUGAAUUUUCAGAAUUUAGCAAACUUGAACUUCUUAGGACUGAUAAGCAUUGGAAAGGACCAGAAAAAUGCUUAUAUAAAAUACUAUCAAAAGAAGAAGAUUGUUUAUAUUAUAAUGUAUUAUAUCAGAACUUACAGGAAUAUUAA